UCGUAAAUUAUCCUUAUCAGUGGGCCUAUCAUCGUUAUUCUUUCAUAACUGCUAUUAUCAUUACCACAUUACGAACCAAGCUUUCCUUUAAAAAUUGAGUCAUCAAACGUAUUAAAAAACAGGUUUUAUUAGGCCAGUCAUAGACCUCACCUUUACAUCAAACCGAAAUAGCAAAGGCCCCAAAAAGACGAAAAAAAAGACGAGACGAGAAAUCAUCGAGAAUGAAUCGGAGGUCCGGAGCCGCGCAUGGCCUCAUGCUUAAGUAAAGAGGCAUUGAUUCAUAGGCGGUCACCGAAGCGUGUGUCAUUCCCUCACAGACCGUGAUCGGAGGAGGGUUGCGUGGUCUCGUUCCAGCGAUCCACGUGCUGUUUAAGACAACUUUUUUUUUGGUACAGUUUGGAUUCUUGGUAUAAUUGACAGUUGAAGUGGUCCCUCUUGGAAUUCUCUUGUUGGAGGAGCAUUUUAUUUUAUUUUUUUGCAUCAUUCGUUCUUCCUGGGAAUCUUCCUGGGAAUCUCUGUGUCAUAGAAAACUGCGGCUGUCGAUUUUAUUUUGAAGUUAUAUUCAGCAUCAGUUAAAAGUUCUUGCUACCUGGCCUUUGCGAGAGCAAGACUAAGCAACGAUGUUGUGGCCAAUGUACGUCCUCGCGUUUGUCGCGGCCGGCGUGAGUGCCUCCGACGUCUUCCUGUACAGCCGGCACUCCUGCGACGACCUCAUCCCGCGACACCCCGUGGCGAUAGAGAAGGCCGACGCGAUGAUGACCAACCACGUCCAGCAGCCGACGCCGACGAAGAAGGCCGACACCGAAAACGCCAACGCCAACGCCACGACGACGUCCACCACCACCACGACCACCACGACCCAGCCUCCGCCCCCCGCCGUCCCCUUGUACACUGGCAGCGCUGAAGUCAAAGUCAUGACGAGCGAGAACACUUACCGGCGGCUCAAGAGUCUUCGAGUGACCCUCCAAUCAAGCACGUACUUCAACGGCUUCAUGCUCCAAGCCCGCAAAGUAGCCAAGGGCGCCGAUGGCAAGGCCGAAGUCGUGGGAAGGUUCCUGCAGAUGCACCACCGAGCCAAGUUCCUCUCCUGCCCGAACGGUUCAGCGCUCGAGAACACCGUCAUCCACGAGGAAGCCCCGCUCCGGCUGGCCAAUCUGACGUUCGUGUGGAUGGCUCCCCAGAUGGACCUGGGCGACAUUCAGUUCGUAGCGAGUAUUCUUCUAGACGGCGGCAUGAAGUACAAGAUCUUUCAGUCGCAACCUCUCAGCCUUAACAUAUAUCCUGUGUCGACCAAGGACUGCGCGGUGGUCAAGAGCUGCUUCCGCUACUGCACGGGCUACAGCGGAAGCGACUGCCAGGCCCACACCGCGCGCUACACAGCUGCCAUGGAGUUCACAGCGGCCAAGACGGGGGUCAAGUUCACGCUGGGAGGUCUGCUGGCGGACGAGGAAGGCUACCUCGCCAUAGGCUUCAGCAGGGACGGCCACCAGAUGACCAACGCGGACAUCAGCGUGUGUUACAGGAGCGCCGAGGGAGAGGUCGGCGUCGAGCAUUACCUCCUGGACAACAUCGACUACAUGCCCGACCUGCAUCUGGCGGAAUUGCAGCUCGAAUCCUCUGACGUGGACGGCGACUACGUGUGGUGCACCUUCAGCCGCCCGAUCAAGGGAAAGGACAGUGCCGUUCUCGACCUUUCGGAGCCGACCUAUUACUUCUAUUUUUUGGGGCAGAAGGAACGGCACGGAAGACGUGGAAUUAAUACUUAUAUUCUUCCAGCCAUCUACUUACCUGAGGCGAGAUACAUGAAGAGAUCAGACAUGAGGAUCAAGUUAGACGACGAACUCUUCAAUGAAAUCGUCUACGGCAGCGCCCCUCGCCACGCUCCCUAUAUUUCCAUAGUUGCCGCUGCAAUACUGAUUUCACUUCAGCAAUGGCAGACUGAUUUAGUGACUGUACAAGUUUCUGAAAAGUUCUCACCUUAA